AUGAGUGAAUUUUCUAAAAAACCUUAUUCUGAUACAUUUAACUCUUUUAAUGAUAAACUUAAAUUAAGAGGAUGUAAAAUAAAUAAUACUGAUAAAAGCAUAAAUGAUUUAUCAUUAAAAAUUAUUGUUCUUAAAAAGAUUGUUGAAUUUUCAGAUCAAUUAACUGUUGACGUAUUAAAAACAAUUCCUUGGGAUAAUAUAGGACAGUAUUUAUGGAAAGAAAUUAUAGAUAAAGGAUAUGAUUCUUUAAAACUAUGGAAAAUAUUCGUUGAAGUUUAUCAUAAUUCAAUUAAAUCACCAGAUGUCUUCAACAGAAAAGAAGUCUUUAUAUCAUCUUUUAUACCUAUAUUUAAAGAAAUUAAUUGUGAUUCAUUAUAUUGGCUUAGUACUUUAGAUAUCAACAGUAAUAAAUCGUUAACUACAGAGGAUUUUAUUUAUAUUUCAUAUUUACAUAAUUUAAUUGCAUUAAAUGUUUCAAAUACAAAUCUUACAAAUAUGAUAUUAAGUCAUUGGGGUAGAGCAGCUCAAAAAGGUAAAUUUAUUCAAUUAUUAUAUAUAGAUAUAAGAAAUAAUCAAUGCUCUAUAUCUUGUGCUAUUUAUUAUAUGGCAAAAUUCAAGUCUUUACUUUAUUUUUCCAUUGAAGAUAAUGAGUCAAAAACUAUGAAAAUUUUAUAUGAAAAAUAUCCACAAUUGAAACCUUCCUAUCAAUUAAUUGAACAUAUUUCACAGUGCAAAACAUUUGAAGAAUCAUAUAGGUGUAUUUUUAAUUUUCAUUCACAUUUUGCUAGGCAUUCAAUUAUAUAUAAUUUAUUAGUAAAAUCUCAGAACACUAUUCUAAUUCAACAAUCUCCUCCUCUUUUGUUCUAUUUAGAACCUUUAAAAAGCUCAUUUUCAUCUUUAAACAUUACUUCAGCAAAAAGAAAUUCUAAAACAUAUGAAAAAUCAUUAAAAGAAAAGAUCUAUAAGAAAAUUAAAUCUAAACAGAUAGAAAAUUGGGAAGAUAUUAUAGGAUAA